AAUGGAAGUGACGCGAUGCGUCGUAUCUGCCUGCUAUCGCCGUUGUCGCAGGGGUCAGGCUCAGGCUCAGGCCAAAGAAAAAAGGACGAUUUCCCCGAAGUGCCCCGCGCCCCCGCGCCAGCAGCGAUGCUCGCCGGGCCCCUCGCUGCCGUCCUGCUACUCCUCUUGCUGCCGCGGGCUAGAUCGUUCGAGGACUUCACCUGCGAUGGCGCCGGCACCUACGGGCCCAACAGCACUUUCCCAGCCAACCUCGGCCUCGUCGCGGGGGCGCUCCCGGGGAACGCCUCCUCCGCGCCCACGGGGUUCGCCACCGCGGCGGCCGGCACGCAGCCCGGCCGCGCCUACGCGAUGGCGCUCUGCCGCGGCGACGUGAACGGCUCCGCCUGCGCCGCCUGCGUGUCGGCCGCGUUCCGUGCCGCGGGCGCGCCGGACCACUGCCCCAACAACACCGGCGUCACCAUGUACGAGGACAGCUGCGUCGUCCGCUUCUCCAGCGGCCAGCAGUUCCUCGACUUCCUCAGAGCGGACCAGUGGCAGGUCAGGGAGCUCAAUAUUCGAAUCUCCCAGGCUCCUGGGAACGUGUCGACGGUCCCGAGUGCCUGGUUCAGUGCCGCCGCCACGGCCGUGCUCACCGCCGUCGUCGACCGCGCGUUGGCCGCGCAGGGCAAUAACUCGACCGGCAGCAAGAAGUACUUCGCCACGGCCGAGGUGGAGUUCGACCCCAAGAUUUACGCGCUCGCCCAGUGCCUCCCGGACAUGACGCCUGCGCAGUGCCAGGGCUGCCUCGGGACUAACCUCCAGAACCAAAAACCCUUUCUCAGCAUCAAGCGCCGGUGGAUCAUAGGGCUUGAGACGUGGUGCAACCUGAGGUAUAGCGUGCAGCCGUUCUUCGACGGCCCGGCGAUGCUGCUGCUUCCAGCACCACCAGCGCCGGCAGUCAUGCCCCCAUCCCCAUCUGCAACUCCAGAUUCCGGAGGAGCAGGUAGGAACAAAACCAGUGCAGCAGGACUCUCAGCAGGCAUCGCUUGUUCCGUCGUCUUGAUAUUGGUUCUGUGGUCCAUUUUCGCUUUCGUCCGGUUCAAGAGAAGGACUAAAACUACCGAGGACGACCACCCACUGAAGAAAAUUGCAAGAGCACAAUGCACGAUCUUUGAUUUGCUUGCACUGCAAGAGGCAACUGAAAACUUCUCACAGAACAACAAGCUCGGAGAAGGUGGUUUUGGUAUUGUAUACAAGGGGAUACUGCCUGAUGGUCAAGAAAUAGCAGUGAAGAAACUGCUGGGAAGAACUGGGCAUGGUUUGCAACAGCUACACAACGAGGUGCUACUAUUGGCAGAGCUGCAGCACAAGAACCUUGUUCGAUUGCAGGGGUUUUGCUCGCAUAGGGAUGAUACGCUACUCGUUUAUGAGUAUAUCAAGAAUGGGAGCCUUGACAACUUUAUAUUCGAUACUAAUGAGGGGAAUACACUAAACUGGGAGCAACAAUACAACAUCAUUCUUGGAAUUGCCAAGGGUAUAUUGUAUCUUCACGAGGACUCAAGCAUGAGGAUCAUCCACCGGGACCUGAAAGCUAACAACAUUCUUAUCGAUGAUGACAUGGAUCCAAAAAUCGCAGACUUUGGAUUGGCGAGGCUGCUAGGAGAAGGUCAUACUAAUACUAGGACAGCUAGAGCUGUUGGAACACUUGGUUAUAUGGCACCGGAGUACGCGAUACAUGGACUCGUGUCACCCAAGAUCGAUAUUUUCAGCUUUGGUGUGUUGGUCCUUGAAAUUGUAACUAAGAGAAGGAAUUCCAGUUCUGAUGAUAGUGAUGCCGUGAAUCUCCUUAGUGAUGUGUGGAAUUGCUGGACAAAAGGGACCAUAUCUCAAAUGCUAGACCAAUCACUCCAUGAAAACGCUCGAAACCAGGCGCUACGAUGCAUCCAUAUCGGGUUGAUGUGCGUUCAAUCGGACGCCAACGACAGGCCUUCUAUAUCAUCCGUCAUUUUCAUGUUAACCAGAGAUAACAUGGAGAUUCAGGCACCAGCACAGCCCGCGUUCUUCUUCGGGAGAGAAUCAGCUUUAGCUUCUGUGCCGUCUGACCGAUCAGAUUUCUUAUUGGGAAUGGACGUGUCUGUGAAUGGGGUUACAAUUACUGAGCUGUAUCCUAGGUAACUUUUGAGUCGGUGUGAUGUUCAGAUAAAAAGCUGUAAGUUCGGGCUAAAUCCGUUUGUGUUUGAUUUGCUCCAAAAUAAGUGUUCAUAUGUUGUCUUUAUGGGCAAUUCGACGACUGGUCUAUAAGAUUUUUCCCACUGCCUCUAUAUAUGGCCCUUUCAGACAACUUUUUGAUUUUUA